UUGAGCGAGGGCAGCCAGGCAUUGAGGCCGGAGCGAGGCGGCUGCGCGGCGCGCAGCAAGGCCUCCUCGUGCGCAGCAGCGUAUCUCGUAUCUCGCACGUGUACUUACGUACGUGGCUCAAGUGUUGAGCGAGGGCAGCCAGGCGGCGAGGCCGAAGCGCGGCGGCACGCACAGCGCGCAGCAAGGCCUCCUCGUGCGCAGCAGCGUAUCUCGUAUCUCGCACGUGUACUUACGUACGUGGCUCAAGUGUUGAGCGAGGGCAGCCAGGCAUCGAGGCCGGAGCGCGGCGGCAGCGCGGCGCGCAGCAAGGCCUCCUCGUACGCAGCAGCGUAUCUCGUAUCUCGCACGUGUACUUACGUACGUGGCUCAAGUGUUGAGCGAGGGCAGCCAGGCAUCGAGGCCGGAGCGCGGCGGCAGCGCGGCGCGCAGCAAGGCCUCCUCGUGCGCAGCAGCGUAUCUCGUAUCUCGCACGUGUACUUACGUACGUGGCUCAAGUGUUGA